CCCCCCGCGGCGGCGGGGGAGGAUGGAAACACCCUUCUACCAUGACGAUGUGUUGAGCGGCUUCGGCAGCGGCUCGGCCCCGUCCCGCGGCAGCGGCAGCAGCAGCGGCCUCGCCCGGCCCUUCCCCGGCGGCAGCAUGAUGAAGAAGGACGCGCUCGGCCUCAGCGACCAGGUGGUGGCCACCCUGAAGGCGCCCGGCCAGGCGCUCCACCAGCUGCGGGGCGCGGCCGGCGGCGGGGGCGAGGGCCCGGCCCUGCUGAGCUCCGCCGAGCUGGGGCUGCUGAAGCUGGGCUCGCCCGAGCUCGAGCGGCUCAUCAUCCAGUCCAACGGGCUGGUGACCACCACGCCGACCAGCAGCCAGUUCCUCUACCCCAAGGUGGCGGCCAGCGAGGAGCAGGAGUUCGCCGAGGGCUUCGUCAAGGCGCUGGAGGAUCUGCACAAGCAGAACCAGCUGGGGGCGGGCGGCGGCGCCGCCGGGGGCCCGCCCGGGGACCUGCCCCCCGCCGCCAGCCUGGCCCAGCCGCCGCCGCCGCCCCCCGAGCCGCCGGUCUACGCCAACCUGAGCAGCUACCCCGGCACGACGGUGAACUACGCCACCGAGACCGUGCCCUACCCGCCGCCGCCCGGGCUGGGGGGCGCCCCGCCGCACCCGCGCCUGCAGCCGCCGCCGCUCAAGGACGAGCCGCAGAUCGUGCCCGAGGUGCCCAGCUUCGGCGAGAGCCCGCCGCUGUCGCCCAUCGACAUGGACACGCAGGAGCGCAUCAAGGCGGAGCGCAAGCGGCUGCGGAACCGCAUCGCCGCCUCCAAGUGCCGCAAGAGGAAGCUGGAGCGGAUCUCGCGGCUGGAGGAGAAGGUGAAGAGCCUCAAGAGCCAGAACACGGAGCUGGCCUCCACCGCCAGCCUCCUGCGCGAGCAGGUGGCGCAGCUCAAGCAGAAGGUGCUGAGCCACGUCAACAGCGGCUGCCAGCUCCUGCCGCAGCAGCACCAGGUGCCGGCCUACUGAGCGCCGUGCGGGGCUGUGCCGCCGUGCGGGGCUGUGCGUGCCCGGGCCCCGGGACUGAGCGCCGUGCGGGGCUGUGCGUGCCCGGGCCCCGGGACUGAGCGCCGUGCGGGGCUGUGCGUGCCCGGGCCCCGGGACUGAGCGCCGUGCGGGGCUGUGCGUGCCCGGGCCCCGGGACUGAGCGCCGGGCCGGGCGCCUCAAGACUCGGAACUGCCCCUGUCUUGCAGGGGGCCCCGCUCCCUCAGCCAGGACCCGCAGCUCCUGGCGAGCGCUGCGGCGCGGACUCCUGCCCUCGCCAGGGACCGGACAAGCUCGGCCCGCGGGCUCCGAGCGCACCAAUCCACGAGACUGCAGAGCUACUCGGGUUCCGCCUCGGCAGAGCCGGGCCCGGGGCGGCCCCAGGCGAUAAGCUGAAGUGUUCUGUUGUUUGAAGUGUUCUUGCUCUAUUUAUGUUUAUACUGGGCCCAAUGUUCCUCCCCCUUGUUCUGUGCGCCACAUUCCAGUGUGCAGUAAAGUCUUGUGCCGGGA